GAAAAUAAAAAUAAUAAAAUGAAGGGUGUCAAAAUUAGUUCAAAUUUCAUUCAAACCAUGGUCAUUCUUCUAAUCCUUGUAUCAACUUUGUGCUCAAGCAUUGAAGCUUCAACCAGAAAACCAAAUGGAAGAAGGUUUAAACCAGAACAUCGUCAUAAAGCAAUCUUAACAUUGAACAGCUUUGAAAAAGGUGGAGAUGGAGGAGCACCAUCAGAAUGUGACAACAAGUUUCACUCUGACAAGACACUUGUUGUAGCAUUAUCAAGUGCUUUGUUCAACCAUAAAAAGAGGUGUUUGAAAGAGAUUACUAUAUUUGGUAAUGGUAAAAGGGUUAAUGCCAAGGUUGUUGAUGAGUGUGAUUCAAGUAAAGGGUGUAAGAACAAUAUUGUUGAUGGUUCUGCUGCUGUUUGGAAGGCUUUGGGUGUGCCUGAAAAAAGAAGGGGUGAAAUGAGCAUUUUCUGGUCAGAUGCUUGAUGCAAAUAAAUGAGAAUUAAUUAUAUCUAUAUAUGUUUGUGUAAUAAUAUAAGAAUAAACGACAAAAAUUUCUCAUUUAAAAUAAAGGCACAAAUUCUGCAUAAAAAUGUCAUGAAAAAGUUCUACUAGUAGAGUAGAGCUUUGAUUCUCCAUAUUAAUAUCAUGAAAAUCGUACACUCAACAUACUCCUUGAGAGAGAGAAGUAUAGAAGAUGUCGUGUUAGAUGUAAUAUAUUAAUGAUGUGAUGAGAAGAAAGAUAUAAAGAAAAUAAAAUUCUGAAUAAUGUAUAUAUAGGGAAUUAUUAAAGAUGUCUAUGUAUCAUUAUUGUAAGAUGAUUAGUAUGUCAAUGUAGUUUUAGCUUAGUGAUAUGAAAUUGACUUUGUUACGCUGAACUAUGAGGCAAAGUUC